UUCAAGCUGUAGAGAUAGAUAAAAUUCAUCUUCCAGCCAACUUAUAUCUUGCCAGAAGAUAGUCGAACCCGAGAGAUGUUAGCCAGCCUGGUCAAUAAUAAGAGCGACAAAGAACCAUUCUGCUGGUUGUUACUAUUUUCCAUCAAUCCAUCUGCACAGAAAGGAGAAUGUGAGGCGAGAAUACAGACAGUUGUGAGAAAUGCUGUGUUAUACCAUUACAGGUUGCUGACUGACACACAAUUAAUUCCAUCUUGGCCUGGAGAAAGUUGUUUAGCAGUCCGCUAAAGUCUGGGAAGCCUUUCAAUUGUCCAAGCAAAUAUACGAACUAGACUUCGAACCCCUCCAAUGGAGAGACACUGAGUGGGAGGCAUUUCCAUUCCCAGAGACUGAUAGAGGCGAGAAUCAGUGGGUGGAGGAGGUUCAAGAUGAUAACCUACUCACCAUAUUUCCAAGGAUUCCGACUGUAUAUGGGGACGGUUGUGGCCCUUGCACUUUUAAUAUCCAAGUUAGGAGGUCAUCGCAGUUCUGCGUCUCUACGGGGAAAGAAUUGGUUUAACGGACAUUAGGACACAUGCCGAGGCGAAUGGUCUCCACUCGCCCCCGAAGGAAGUCAAUCACUGGUAACGCUGGCAAUGGAGCUUUUUUAGGUGGAGAGACGCAGCAAAAGGC